GUGAUAGAGGUUUACCUGGAAUGAAGGGAGGAAGAGGAGUUCCCGGUAUACCGGGAGAGGACGGCGAACCAGGACUUCCCGGUACGGUGGGGAGCAAAGGUAAUAAAGGUGAACGUGGGAAGACGACUUGUUAUGUCACGGAGCGGGGUCGGAGGGUGGAGAAAUCGUGCUUCGAGGCUGCGUCUUAUGAAGAAAUUGGCCGGGAUCAAAGUAAGGAUGCUGGAGGGGCACUUACCUACGUUCGAUGGGGAAGGACCACGUGCCCAGUGGGAGGUGCAACGAUAGUGUACUCAGGACAAGCUGCAGGCACACGUCAUGACAAAGCUCGUACAGGAGGGUCCCCUUACAUCUGCGUACCCAAUCAGCCGUGGUACUUUGGUCAAGUGGAUCCCAGUACUCCACUCGGCAACGUUUCCCAGGUAAACCGCGAUGCGCUGAAGCAGGACGAGACACGCAGCAUCUUACACGGCACUUACUUCUACUUGUCAUGUGUACUGUGCUUGGUCAGGACCCGAAGCGUGCAGAUCAUGCUGCCGGCUCGAAAGGAAUGCUAUCGAGGCUGGCAUCGGGAGUAUGAUGGUUACCUGGUGGUGCAGUCGAACCGGAAGGACCACAAAGACGUCAUCUGCUUGGACCGGGAAUCCAGGAAUCUACUGAAAGAUGCCACAUACGUCCGAGGGCUUUUUGCGAGUUGUGAGACGUUCUCCUGCCCGCCAUAUGUAGAAACAGAGAGACUCCCUUGUGUUGUUUGCACGAUUUAGAUAUAAUGCUAACUGUCUUGGACAGAUAAAGCCCGUUCGUUUAACUCUAAAGUGUAGGCUAAGCUGGUUUUGAUUAUUUUUAAGCUUCACUUUCAUCGCUGCUAAAUUACUUUCAGAUUGAAUUUUCCAUCCCACCGUGAAGAUCAUUAGUUCUUCGUAGCGCUUUUCGAGUACUGCGCGUUAUAACCAAAACCCAAGUUAUUUGAACGUCCAGUCAAAGCAAAGUGCAAUAUUACACAAGGACCCAAUAAGCAGGUGAAGUAAAAUCAUAACAGUCAUCCUAAAGCACUGGACACAAGUGGCUAAGUCAAGAUUGGUUUCAGUCUAGCUUCUGAUUGGUUGAGAGAGUAACGCGUAGUUUCUGAACAAAUAGUAUGUUAACCCUUUAAACCCUAAAAUGAUCAGCUUCUAAUUUCUCCUCACAAUAAUACUUCUGAAUCCUUCGUUAAGAUCACGAGAAAACAAGAAAAUGAUCGCGAACUAAAGAGGUUUUGAUUGUCAAACAAAUUCUCCUUGUCAGUACCAAAGGAAAUGAACACAGAAGAGUAUAGAGAAUCUGGAUACUGAUGUUAGCGAGUAAAGGGUUAAGGUGAAACCGAUACAAUCCAGAGUAGUUUUGUAUUCCGGUUAAAAUUUACUUCACAGACUUCACCCCAUUAGCUCCGCUCUGCCACUGCGUUAUUAUUAUUAAUUUUUUAUAAGUUGUGUAAACUCUAAGCUCGGGUAGUAGAAUUUGUUUCACAACGGAAAAAGUGCAUUAAACGAUAAUCAAAAGGUAA